AUGGACACUGACAUGGACUACGAAAGACCCAACGUUGAAACUAUCAAGUGUGUGGUGGUUGGAGAUAAUGCAGUGGGAAAGACUCGUCUAAUUUGUGCAAGAGCGUGCAAUACAACUUUGACUCAGUAUCAGCUGCUGGCAACUCAUGUACCGACUGUCUGGGCCAUUGAUCAGUACCGUGUCUGCCAAGAGGUCCUUGAACGCUCAAGAGAUGUUGUGGAUGAAGUGAGUGUUUCUCUCAGGCUGUGGGAUACGUUUGGGGACCACCACAAAGACAGGCGCUUUGCUUAUGGAAGGUCUGAUGUAGUUGUUCUGUGCUUUUCAAUUGCUAACCCUAAUUCUCUGAAUCAUGUGAAAACGAUGUGGUAUCAAGAAAUCAAGCACUUCUGCCCUCGCACACCUGUCAUUUUGGUGGGCUGCCAACUAGAUCUCCGCUAUGCAGAUCUCGAGGCUGUUAACAGAGCCAGACGGCCUUUGGCAAGGCCGAUAAAAAGAGGAGACAUUUUGCCACCAGAAAGAGGCAGAGAAGUUGCCAAGGAACUUGGGAUACCAUACUAUGAAACCAGUGUGUUUGACCAGUUUGGGAUUAAAGAUGUGUUUGACAAUGCAAUUAGAGCUGCCCUGAUCUCCAGAAGACACCUGCAGUUCUGGAAAUCUCAUUUGAAGAAGGUCCAAAAACCUUUGCUUCAGGCUCCAUUCCUACCUCCAAAAGCCCCUCCUCCAGUCAUCAAAAUUCCUGAGUGUCCCAUACCGAGUGUGAACGAAGCUGGAUAUUUAUUGGACAGCCCGCUGUGUGCAGAUGUCAUGUUUGUUCUCCAGGAUCAGGACUACAUUUUUGCUCACAAGAUUUACCUAGCUACCUCCUCUUCAAAGUUUUAUGACCUUUUUUUAAUAGAAUGUGAGGAAAGUCCAGACAUAGAUGAAACACAGUGUAAUAAAGAAAAUACAAAUACGGAUGUUCUGACGAGUCACCUUGAGACGAACGGUGACAGUGAUGAGACAACCUUGAAAUCUGCUGAUGUUAAAACUCCCCCACCAGAAAGUACUGAUUCUUUAAACACACUAGGACCUGAACCUGGUGAAACAAAUUCUGCAGCAAGAUCUCUGUCAUCCUGGGGUAAGGGGUUUGUUAGUGUGCAUAAGGAAAUGCAAGUCAAUCCUGUCUCGAAUAGGACGUGUCCUGUAACUGUGGUAAAAAUGGAUUCAUCUGUGCAGGCUGGACCUUUUAAAACUGUUUUGCAGUUUUUAUAUACAGGGCAACUGGAUGAAAAUGAAAAAGAUCUCACAAGACUGGCUCAGAUUGCUGAAAUCUUGGAAGUAUUUGAUUUGCGAAUGAUGGUGGAGAAUAUUAUGAAUAAAGAAGCCUUCAUGAAUCAAGAGAUUACUAAAGCAUUUCAUGUCAGAAAAGCUAAUCGGAUAAAAGAGUGCCUUUGCAAAGGGACAUUUUCUGAUGUGACAUUUAAAUUGGAUGACGGAACCAUAAAUGCCCACAAGCCACUGCUGAUAUGUAGCUGUGAAUGGAUGUCUGCUAUGUUUGGAGGAUCAUUUAUUGAAAGCUCAAAUAGUGAGGUAGCUCUUCCCAACAUAAACAAGACUUCCAUGCAAGCAGUUUUAGAUUACUUGUAUACCAAACAACUGUCCUCCAGUCGGGAACUGGACACGCUUGAGUUAAUCGCUUUGGCAAAUAGGUUUUGCCUUCCUCACCUGGUUGCGCUAGCAGAACAGCAUGCAGUACAAGAACUGACAAAAGCCUCCAUGAGCGGCGUUGCAAUAGAUGGAGAAGUACUAUCCUAUUUGGAAGUGGCACAGUUUCACAAUGCUAACCAGCUGGCAGCUUGGUGCUUGCACUACAUCUGCACCAAUUACAACAGUGUUUGCUCCAAAUUCCGCAAGGAAAUCAAAGCUAAAUCUUCAGAUAAUCAAGAAUAUUUUGAGAGGCAUCGCUGGCCACCCGUGUGGUAUUUAAAGGAAGAAGAUCACUACCAGCGAGUUAAAAAAGAAAGAGAAAAGGAAGAUGUUGCACUGAAUAAACACCAUUCAAAGCGGAAGUGGUGCUUCUGGAAUUCCUCUGCUGUAGUUGCCUGAACAAAGCCAAUAAGUGGAAAUCCAUAGCCAGUGUCAGAAGUUAGUCUUAUUGUUAGAAAUAAGAUGUAGUUCAGGUUUUCAGGAAACUUUGUUCCAUGUGUGCAUUUAUUAUUGCUAGGGUCAAAAGCACAAGCUCAUUGAAAGUGAGCCUGGAACAGCUCCUCAAAGUCAUAUGUAUAUUUUUGGCUAGUAAGCAGGUAAAUGUCUACCAUUAUUACAUUUCUUUUUAUAUAAAAAAAAAUAAUCCAGCAUUAAUGUUUCAAUCUCCAAUUGGGAACUAUUUUUAUACUGUCUGUUGUAUUUUGUUCAGAUAAAAUUCUGGAUACUGUUUUAUUUUACAGACCACAAAAUAGCCAUGUAGCAGCUUUAUAAUUAGAUUUUAACUAUUUUUACUAUGCGAGUACCGUGAAAUAGACAAUCUUCAGUCAUCAGAGACCGCUUCUAGAGUAUCUCAUAAGAAGUCAUCUUAGGAAAUUACCCAGUUGCCUAGUAUAGGUUGUCUUUAUUUUUUUAAGUACUGUGCACUGGUAAUAUAAUCAGAUGGUUAUUUCUUCUUUCUAAAGUAAAGGGUUAGAAUAAGAUCCAGUAACUGCAAGAUAUAGAGUGCUUGAUCUUUGCUCAGCUGAAUAGCAGGCAGUAUAAUUACCUGUUCAACUGCAGGCAAAUAUACUUCUAAUAUUUGCCAUGUAAGUGCAAAUAAUUAUGACUAUGUGGGCCAUGUGAAAUCUAGUGAUUCUAAGUAUUCAGAGGUUUUAUAUGUCUAGAUCAAAGAGGACAUUUCUAAAAUCAUUUAGAAGGGCUUAUUAAUUUAUAUCCUUAUACAAGUAUGGAUCUGAAUGCAAAAAACAGUUACACUGCUUGCAUUUGAAUUACUGCAUGGCAGUUACCUUGUUCUGUGGGAUCUUAACCAUGCAGCCAUUCCUCAUGUUGAAUUCAUUUUUGCUUCAGUGGAAGCAAAUUGAAAGGACUGCAAAAUCAGGUCGGAGUUAUCUAGUGUUACACUAUUUUGUAAAUGCAGAAGGGUCUUCACACACAAGAUCACUUCAGUUUGAUCCAAAUUCCUUUAUAGUUUUUCCCAAGUAGAAGCCAAAAUGUUAGGUUAUUUUUAAGUAGAUAUAUUUUCCCUGGAAGUAGGUAUUCCUAG